AUGCUCAAACAGCGCGCUCCCACCUGUGUUGCGCGCUUCGGCACCUUUGGAACUGCAACUCGCAGCUCUCUUCUCCUCCCACCACCGCCACGAAUAAAUGCACAUACGAGAUUGUACUAUUGCCAACGCAUAUCAAUCCGACCUUCACCGUCAGUCUGCCAAGCGCAAUGGCGCCAGCGGCUUUUAUCCUUCCACGGCAUGCGCUUUGUUUCCGGAAAACCGCUUCCCCAGCGACGAUCCUGGCUCGUAAACUUCGCAUACCGUUCUGCUGCAUUGCUUGGGGGCUCUUUCAUAGUUUUCGGUGUUGCAGUAGGAGCUUUCUUUCUGUACGAUGCCUCGACAUACCGCGAGGAUCCAUCAUAUAGGGACAUUCAAGUAUCUGAGAUCGCCUUGAGCCCUCGACGAGGUGGCCCCAAGAACCUCCCAAUCGCAGAGGUACAGAUCGAUGACGAUGAUUGCGCUGAAAUGCAGAGGCAGAAGGACAAACCCAAGUUGGUCGUACUAGGAGGUGGAUGGGGAAGUGUUGCACUGCUUAAAACUCUGAAUCCAGAGGAAUACCAUGUCACACUUGUCUCGCCUACGAACUACUUCUUAUUUACACCUAUGCUUCCGUCUGCCACUGUUGGUACUCUAGAGUUCCGGUCUCUGGUGGAGCCUAUCAGAAGAAUCGUCACGAGAGUCAGAGGACAUUUUCUUCGAGCAUCAGCAGAGAAUAUAGAAUUCUCGGAAAAGCUUGUGGAGUUGUCACAAAAGGACAACGAUGGCAAUGAAGUCCGUUUCUAUCUUCCGUACGACAAACUGGUCAUCGGAGUGGGAUCAACCACAAACCCUCACGGCGUCACGGGCCUAGAAAACUGUCAUUUCUUGAAAGAUAUUGACGACGCCCAGAAGAUUCGCAACCAUAUACUCACGAAUUUGGAAUAUGCAUGUCUACCAACCACGUCUGACGAUGAAAGAAGACGGCUCCUCUCCUUUGUUGUCAGUGGAGGUGGACCUACAGGAGUCGAAUUCGCCGCCGAGCUUUUUGAUCUCCUCAACGAAGACCUGACCGCCCACUUUCCCAAGAUCCUUCGAAACGAGAUCUCGGUCCAUCUUAUUCAGAGUCGGGGACAUAUCCUUAACACCUAUGAUGAGGCGCUUUCGAAGUAUGCCGAGGAACGGUUUGCCCGUGAUCAAGUAGAGAUCCUGACAAAUUCACGCGUGAAGGAGGUGCGGAGUGACAGAAUACUUUUCACGCAGAAAGGGGAAAACGGAGAGACUAUCACGAAGGAGCUACCUAUGGGGUUUUGCCUCUGGUCCACUGGAGUCUCGCAGACAGGAUUUUGCCAACGGGUCUCUGAGGCACUUGGUUCCGUACAAUCAAACCGUCACGCUCUCGAGACAGACACUCACCUCCGUCUUAAUGGGACUCCUCUCGGAGAUGUCUACGCCAUUGGAGACUGCGCAACUGUACAAAAUAAUGUUGCAGACCAUCUGGUCACGUUUCUUCGUACUGUUGCUUGGGAGAAGGGGAAAGACCCUGAAACUGUGCAAAUUACUUUCGGCGAAUGGCGAGAGAUAGCCCAGAAGGUUCGAAAGAGAUUCCCGCAAGCUGCGGACCACUUGAAAAGAUUAGACAAACUUUUUGCUGCCUAUGAUAAGGAUCAGUCGGGCACGCUUGACUUUGGCGAGAUGCGCGAACUGCUGAUGCAGAUCGAUAGCAAGCUCACCUCUUUACCCGCGACGGCACAGCGUGCUCACCAGCAAGGCCAGUACCUUGGUCACAAAUUCAAUAAGAUGGCGCGCGCUGCCCCAGGGUUAAAAGUCAACGACGUCAGCUAUGGUGACUUAGACGAGGCUGUCUACAAAGCGUUCGAGUACCACCACUUGGGUAGUUUGGCCUACGUUGGGAACGCUGCGGUCUUUGAUCUGGGCGGGGGGUGGAAUCUCACCGGGGGCUUGUGGGCUGUGUAUGCUUGGAGAAGUAUUUACUUUGCUCAGAGUGUGAGUUUCAGAACGAGAAUUCUACUGGCAAUGGAUUGGGCAAAGAGGGGGCUAUUCGGCAGAGAUCUCAUGAACUGGUAG